AUGGGUGAAUGCGCUGAUGAUAUCUUGAAAACGCUACAAAUUGACGAGGACAAAGCUUCGUACGAAGAAGUCAAGUCAGCACUCGAGAAUCACUUUUCUGACAGAAGAAACGUACUUGUUGAGCGUGCUCGCUUCAACCGAAGGGUUCAACGCACUGGGGAGCCAGUGGAUACAUUCAUCCAGGAUCUCUACAAAAUUGCAGCAGAUUGUGAGUAUGGAACAUUAAGAAACGAAUUGAUUAGAAUUAUUGUAGGGGUUGUAGACGAUUCACUCUCAGACCGCCUCCAGUCUAAGCCAAAACUGGCGUUGCAAGAAGCAGUGCAGAUUGCCCAUCAAGCAGAGGAACGAAAACAUAACAGAGAUGUAGUGAGAGGGGAUGCCACAAAGUCUAGUGAUGUUUAUUAUGUCCGAAAUGGGGCCCAAACCAAGGGGAGAUAUCACAAGCAAAAUCCUCGUCCCCAGGAAACUAAGGGUCCCCAUACACCACUUAAGAAAUCAGGGGAUAAAUGUAAUUGGUGUGGCCACGAGAAGCAUGACCGUAAAGUUUGUCCAGCAAG